CCACCAGUGGAGCGUUCAGUUGCACAGGGUUGCCGUUGCUUUCACAUUCCGCUCGGCCACCAGCAAUCCAUUUAAAGCAGGAAACUAUUUCCGGAACCUUCUGCAAUGUAAAGGCCGCGCAGCGGGGUCCUUGAAGGGUGGCUGUCGGAGGAAGCUGCUCAGCAAAGUGUCCUGUCUCUUUAAUUCACAGAUGAUGGGCUGAGCUAUAGUUUUGAACCCGAAAUUUGCCCCCCCGGGUCGACCGACACAGGAACAGAGGGGAACCGAGGAGAACAGGCACCACUUACGACAAAAUGGAUCGGAGUUAAAAAUGACCCGUCGUGCCACCGUGGGCCAUAUACGUAUGUGCUGUGGGGUCCUGGCGGAAGACGAGGGCCUGAUGAGGGCAGGGCUCGUGAUGGUCGUCGUUGGUCACGCCAUCUUCCUCCUUGGGGCACUGGUGCAUGGCAUCGUGCUCCGCCCCCUUAGUCCGAGCAAACAGGCGCACGUCAGGGAGUACACUGCUGCCAAUGUCGCCGCCCUAGUGGCCGGCCUUGUGGGCAUCAUCAUGGGGAUAUCAACCAUCAUCGUGCCAAGAAACAAGAGGAGCAGGACUCUGGUGUGGUUCCUGCUGGGGGGCAGCUUACCGGGAGCUCUCCUGGCCGCCGGCUCGGCCCUGGGCGUGACCGUGACCUUAGCGAAGACUGUGGUGCGCGGUCGCCACAGCCUGCUGCUCCACUGCCAGUCCCCGAAUGUGACCGAUGUCCCUGGUGACUGUCCCUUCAACCCGACCCACAUCUACGGUACAGCCCUGGCUCUCUGGCUCCCCCUCCUGGUGAUGUGCGCAGUGGAGUCAGUGUAUUUGGGGAGGUGCUCUGUGACCUGUAUGUCCAUCCUGCGCCUGCCACGUCCACCAUGCCCCCGGCAGAGAACCUUCGUCCACAAGCAACAGGUGUCAGUGAGAAGUCCAGAGGAAGCAACAUCAGAUUCCCGGGUGGAGCCUCAGGGAUUGGCCAAGGGACCUCAGCAUCACUGGGUGGAGCCUAUGGGGCUGGAGGAGGAGCCUCAGCAACACUGGGCGGAGCCUGAAGAAGAGGAGCCUCCUGAACGUCACAUACCACUCGGUCGACGCCCAUACUUCAACAGAUCGAGCCUCUGCAUAUGAGCUCCUGAGCAUUCUUUGUGCUCUAGCUGGUGAUACAUUUCCAAAGCGGUGGCGAAAAGAUCUCCCUCUGUCACUCAGAACUGCUGAAUCCCUCUCGGCGUUACAGAAGUGUCUCAGAACGCAUCUCUUUUGGGCCUGUUCUCCCCUUACCUCCUACGUACUCAAGAAACACGUACCACGCUAUCUGUUUAAUCAUUUAAAAAAACCUCCAUGCAGCAACUCAUGUAAUGUACACUGGUUUAUACCAUGAUAUGAGACAAAUUCACUGUAUUUUCGAACCAAGCAUCUGCAUCCAGAUCCGAGAGGUCUGCCAGAGGAAUAAAUGUAAAAGUAAGACAGGGAAAGCUGCACAGUUCUGCGGUGCGAUGACUGCGCUCACACUCACGUCACACACACCUUACGCUCCUGACAGUGGACUGCAGUGUUUGCCUGGACAGCUGUUGAUUCUCCAGGGGGAAGGAAAACAUGAGGACAAAGACAAGGUGUCCUCUUGCCCUCAGGGAGAUAUUAAUGUCUCACAGCCCUCAGCUGCAAUCUGUCAAAUCAUCAUCAUAUUCGAUAUCAUAUUUGAUAUUGUGCUCUGCCCGAGUGGAAAAAUAACCUCUAUGUGCCUAUUUCAGGCAGCCAGGAAUGGAGGAAGGUAUAUUUUGUGACCGUUCCGUUCAGUGUGUGACGACAGUCACAUUCCUACCUGGAGAAGUGACCGAUGAUGAACGGCCCACCACACAUUUACCACAGUUACCAUUUUACCGUAUCCCCUAGGCAUCCUGCUUAAGUUUGAUUUUUUACAUUUUU